AGACAUCAGGGGGCUUCGCUGUACGAUGUUUUGGGUGUUGACAGAAAUGCCACCCAGGAGGAAAUUAAGAAGGCCUAUAGAAAGGUGAGUUUUGGAGGAUUUUAGUGUUAAAUUGAAAAGGGUGUGUGGAUUAAAGCUAAAAGUGGCACUAACAUUAUUUCCCCAAUUUACCAUUUUUUUCACAAGAUAAUAUAGGGAAAGUGAGAAGCAAGAUUUAGCAAUUUAUUUCUCUGCAGUUGCAGGCUAUACGCGUGUAUAAAUACACAAAAAUUCAAGGGCCUUGAUUCCAGAGAAAUUGCAUCAUUGUCAGAUAUCAAAAAAGUGAUUUACAUGGCACGUCAUUCCAAUCACCGCCGAAAAUAAAUCGCAUGCUCAUCACAAGACCCAUUUGUGUCCAGUGACGAGCUGUUACGGCAUGUGCACGGUAGUUAGCAUAAACAGUAAAAGGGAAAUGGUCUUAUCACCAAACGAUGAAGAAGUAGCUAAUUCUUCUAAAAAACAUACCCAAUUCAAGACUAGAGUGCACAAACCAUACCCUAUUUCAGACCAAAACAGCUAAAAAAACAUACCCUUUGGCGCGGCACAUACCUAUAUAGCCUAUAUAAGGGACUACCACCCUGGGGCAAAAAACGCGUUGCAGAUUAUGAGUCUCGCUGCUUUUGCAAGCGAGACUAAUAACUAUUUAAUGAGGUUAAAUGGAAGUACAAAAAGUCUAUAGUGUAGUAAAGACGUGAUCAAUUUGGUGUGGACCUUUGCUGAUACUUUAGUUUUCUUUGUUCCAGAUGGCAUUAAAACACCAUCCAGAUAAGAAUCCCAAUAACCCUGAAGCCACUGAAAAGGUAGGCCAAGCAGGGGACGAAUGUUAAUUAGGAUAGCCAGGUGCCUUUGACCCCUCCUUUUUGAGGCCUUCCAAGGGGUAGGAGCAACAGGUGACAUGGCCUGGAAAAUUGGCAACAGUCCUCUCAGAAAGCACUGACAAUCUAUUUUUUAUGUAGUGAAAGCGACUUCUGUUCACUUUGCUAUUUUGGCUGUUUCAGCAGCGAAAUAACAAAUUCUCUUCUGUUAUUUUCCAGAAAUCUCUGUUAGUUUGUUUGGAAUGUUUUCUAAUCCUGGUAUUCUUCUUGAAGGAAAAAGUGUAUCAAAAAUCAAUUUUUUUCCAGGCACUAAAAUACCUCUGCGUUAAAUUCCAAAUUGAGCAUCAGAAAAAAAUUUAUACCGAACUGACAACAACAUUUUUGUCCUAGCUUAAAUGCGACAGCAGCAUUUUUUCCUAACCCACCAGGUAACAGGCAGUCUCAGAAAACCCCCAAAAAACGAUAGCUCCCCCCCCCCUCCCCCUCCUUGGAAGGCCUCCUUUUUGGAAACAAUUUUAUUUAUUAACAAAAGAUAGAGUUUUACUGUGUUGGAGUACUGGCAAAUAGCUAUUAAGCUAAUCUAGGCAGUACAAGAAAGGACGAAGGCGAUGUUAAACACUAAUUGCAAAAAGAAGGGACAUCAGUAAAAAGCAGAAAUAAUUGCUGGAAGUUUUUGCUACAGUUACAUGUAAACUUCAAGCGUAGUGAUUUGUUAUAAAUUUUUUUGAACUAGACUGAAAUUAGAAUAAGAGGUAUGUACAACAAAUCAUCAGGUUAACUUCCCAAAAUAAGAAGGGCCAAAAGACUACAGAUGUAUGGUAAUAAUUACCAGUUACCAAUUAUUACCAAUUAUUGUAAUAAACAACAAAAAAUUAGGGGUUCAAAUUGAAGAGGAGAAUUUGGAGACCAAACUUGCCUGAACACUCAUUUUACAAAAGCAAUGUAAAAUUACUUCGUCCCCAGUUAGGAUAGGCUGCGCAGAAGACAUAAUUUCAUCUUCGUUAGCAACGUCUGUGAAGCAGCAUUAUUUAUCCUUGUUCUGGGCCUCCAGUGGACUCAACAAAUCACCGGAAGUGGGUUUCGAAUUUCCUUUCAUCUUGAUUGACAAAUUGACAAUGGCAUUUUUAACAGGCCAAUCAUGAUGCAUACUCAAAACCUGGUACACAGUUGGGGGCCCAGGAGGAGGGUUUUGGUGCUGUUUUACAGACAGACUCACCAGAGUUUAGUGUCAUCUGUGGCACAGGCUAUUUCGCAGAAACCUAAGUUGAUUGAAUAAGUCAACUUUCAGGAUCCUCUUUGGAGAUGCAGGUGCUUUAUCAUUCCAACUGCAAUGUAUUGGUAUGAAGAUUAUAUACAAGGGAUAAGCUGAAUACCACUUAAUACUUUUAGCUACAAUUAAUUUUUUUUCCUUCAGAAAAUAAGAACCUAAUUUAAGACCCUAAAUAGCCUUAUAAUUUUGAUAAUUACUGAAUACUUUGGAAGGAAAUCAACAUGUAAUCACAGUUUAAUAGUCCUGGUUAAGUCAGUCUAUUAUCAGAGUAUUUGCAACACAAAAUGUCCUAACCGUUUUCUCUAAAGUAGGACUGUUUUAAACUGUGAUUACAUGUUGAUUUCCUUCCAAAAUGUUCAGAGCUCAGGAAAGACUACACCUUCAUAGAGGCGAAGGAAGCAAGCUCUAUAGCCUGCGAUGCGAAUGCAGACGAAUUUCUGGUCAUCACUUCUCUCCACCGAAAAGUAGAAGGGAAGUGAUGACCAGAAAUACAUCUGUGUUUGCAGGCUACAAGUUCCAGGAAACUUUUGUUUUUAGUCUUUUUGCCAAGUUUACUCCAAUGUCUUUGCUAUUUUAAUGAUGGCUUUUUAUUAUUUUUCAGUUUAAAGAAGUAAACCAUGCACAUAGCAUAUUGUCAGAUCCCAGUAAAAGGGAAAUUUAUGAUAAAUAUGGUUCUAUGGGCCUCUAUAUAGCAGAGCAAUUUGGAGAAGAAGUGAGUGUCGUUUUUCUUAUUUUGUUUUGUUUUGUUUUAUUGUUAUUUUUAUUACUGAGAAAAAUAUUCACUGAUUGUUAUGUAAAAAAAGUAAAAAGGAAAAGCUCUGAAAUGGAGAUUUAUGAUAAAUAUGAUUCCAUGGGCCUUUCAUUGCACAUCAAUUUGGAGAAGAAUGGGUUUUUUUCUUUCCUUUUUUUGAUUAAAAAAAAUAGUUUCUGUUUCUGUUCGAAGAAACAAACAAAGCAAAAACAAAAUCCAGUAUUGUCUGUUGACACCACUGGUAUUCAGCUUGGUGAUUAAUUUUUUACUCACUCAUUUAGUCAAUGUGGUUUACAACAAAGCCGAAACGUGGAUCUAACACAGUUACCAAUGAUCUCAGUUUUUCUUUUUCUUUUAUGGUUAACAUAUGCAUGAGUGUCAGCGGUAAUGUUAAGUGAAGUAUUGUUCUUAUUUCCAUUUAAUGGCACUUGUUGUGUUUUUAAGUCUGUGUAUUACACUGUAGUUAGUAGGAAAGAAAACUGGCAAAAACCAAAGAUGAAAAUAACGGUGCUGCAGUAUAUUUUGAGUGCCAGUCUUUUGUUUUUUGUUCACAAAUUGUGACUGAAUAAAAUUGUUGGAAUGGAUUGCGUGACAAGCUAAAGUUUCUUACCCUGUGAUGUAAUAAGGGCGAGGCUGGAUGGGUGGGUUUGGGGUCAGUGAAAUUUUGUUUUGUUUUGAAAUGAACAAUAAUGAGCAUUUUUUGGAGCUGCAAGCUUCUCGCAACUUGUCUGUCAGUGCCUUCUGGGAAAACAGUAUUUAACAUUUCAGCCUGGCAUUUUUGAUGCUUUACGACGGUUUCGCUACUUUUCAAAUUCGCUGCGUUCGAGUUCGCUAAGCGUUCGUGGUAAAGUCCAAAACGUGCACCCUCGGAGGGGCAAGCUUAAAAGAACGAGAAAUGUAUUAAAAGCUUAUUUUUUAAGAGCGAUUAAGGGAAUAUUUUCAGUAUUUUACAGAAAGUAUAUAUAAUAUGUAGGGAAUUUGUUGCGAACUAGGACGUAGCGAACUCGACAAGUAGCGAAACCGGUUGUUAUCUUUUUAAUGAGCACAAUACUUUGUGCUGUCAUGUAGCAAAUACAAAGGAGGGCGUUUUAGCAAAACAUUUGUUUCUAAACAAACUGUGAGUGAUACAGGCUGUGUGUUGCAGCUUGUCAAUGAGAAGAAACAAAUUGAACGUUUUUCAAAGAUUGAUUUUCGUUGUUCAAUCUUAUUGGCUGGCUUUGAACGAGUUUGAACUUGUUGAACGAAAUGUAGACCAUCUACUCCCGUUUAUUAACACCGGUCGAAUGUAGCAGCACCAUUUUAACAUAAUGUGAGACUUGCCGUUUUAUAUCUAGAUGUGCCUUCUUAGUACUUCAAAUGUGAAAAACAAAUUUUUGAGUUAAACGUUAAGAGUUUGAGACAUUUCUAUAUUGUAUUCCAAUAUAAAUAGGAGUUGACUAAUUUCUCGUUCAGGCCUUAACAGUAUUUUAACCACAAGAUUGUUUUGAAAAACGAGGAAAUAGCGCCGACCUUGUAAAAUCAAAAUAGAUUUUGUUAAUUUUUAAAACAGUGCUUCAUUUAAACAUUGAAUUUCCCAUCAUUUUAAAACCAAUUUAAUGAAUUACACUGUCCGAUAAAUCUUUGGUAGAUAACUGGAAUGUUUCCCCUCUUUUGAGAUUAAGUUAAUAAUUGACGGUGUGCAAUUCGUCGUUUAUUUUCAUCAGUUUCCUUGGUUAUAAUCAACGAAAUUCCCGCAAAUAAUUUAUUCAACACUUUUGAUACUUAGGCCAAUGGCGAUUUUAGUUUAAAGAUAAUAGGAAGAAAGGAACAGUACUUUUAGUCUCAUUAAAUUUGCCGCAUACCGCAACUCAGGUGUUUCUUACGAAACUAUAUUUUCACACCGUGUCGAUUAGAUUCCUUCACUACUUGAAAUUUCGAUAGAAUAAUUAUUGUUAAUUGCUGUGAAAUUUCUUGUUAAUGGCUUCAUCUAAAAGAAUAGACAGUACGCCAGCUGGAGUUAAUCGACAUUUAUUUCUCCGGUGGAACAAACUUCAAGUGAAUGUAAUGGAAGAUCCUAGUUUUCGAGUCGUUCCAACUGUUGAAACAGUCCCCAAGGUUACGAGUCAAGCGCGACUAAUUUGGGGCGCCAAAAAUAGAGUCUUGAACGCUCAAAAGGAAUUAGAUGAAAAGUCAAAAACAAGCGAAAUCCAAGAAAAAGAUGUUCAUGCAACAGUAAAAAGAGUGAUGGAUGCCCAGAGUGGAAAAUCCAACCCGUUGGAGUACUUUAAGCAGCAUCGUUUUGACGAAGAAGUCGAUUUGAACGGUUGGCAUCUUGGGCCAGUAACCUCGCGUGAAGUUGCCACCGAGUAUUUUUCUUCCUCGACUAUUGUACGCUUGCUCCUUGCCAAUAACCGUAUCGGUAAUGAAGGUGGAAAAGCUGUUGCCAAAGGCCUGGAGACGAAUCUGUCUAUAAGAGAGCUUGAUUUGUCUGGAAAUGUGCUUGGACAAAGUGCAAUCUCCGCUAUUGGUGAGAUGCUAAACAAGAAAGAAACUUUACAAAAGUUGAAUCUCUCAAGAAACGAUUUAACUGACCAAGAUGUUGAGUUUUUUCUCCAUUCUCUUUGCCUUAAAAGUGGUUUAAAAGAUUUAGACUUAUCUCAUAACAUUUUAUGCGAUCAAUUUGGAGAACAGAUGUCGGUCGUUUUAGAGAAAAACUUUGUUCUUGAAAAGCUUUCCGUCAGUUCUAAUCAGUUGGAAGUAUCGGGCUUGCAAGCCAUGUCGACCGGUUUACGAAAUAGCGCAACUCUUCGUAACUUAAACAUUUCUUGGAAUUACUUAUAUGACGCAGGAGCUGAAAUUCUUGGUGAAGUGAUGGCUCAAAACCAAAGUCUUAUCGAAAUUUCAGCCUGUGGGAAUCUAUUUACAACUCAAGCUGCAAGCUUCCUUGCCAAAGGGGUUAUUAAUAACUCCAACUUGAAAGUUCUUCGUAUAGGUCAGAAUUUGAUAAGAAAUUCCGGUGCCCAUGAAUUUUUAAAUGUUUUAUCUGUCAGUGACGCACCAUCCACCGUCUUGGAAGUCUUAGAUAUAAAUGGAACUGUUGUUGACAAGGAGUUUCAAAAACGGAUUGAGACGGAGUUAUGCGAGAGAUUUCCUUCUUUGAACGUUGUCAAUUUUUCGCUUGUUGACAACAUAAAUAACAAGCUUGAACCUGUUGAGAAAAAAGCUCCGGUUAAGAUGUAAAAAAAAAAACGUUUUUCCACCGAAAUUUGAAAAACCACUUUGUAUUAAAAUAUUGAUAAAACAAGAUAAGACUGUUAUGUGAGGUGAUUAGAAUAAGAAAUUUAAUAUUUUGUCGUUUAAAUGAAAUUUUAUCCAGUUAGGUUAUAUUAAUGAGUACGGUACAAAGUUUUUUUCAUUGCCUGGAGUGAAAAAGUAUGCAUCUACUUAAGUGUUUUUAAAUUAUAUUCAUGCAAACAUCGUAAUGAACCAGAUAGUCCGGUAUUUGUACCAACUGGUAGGCCUUUUGCAUUAGUUGAUCACGUGAUCAACUUGCGGUAAACACUUAAACAGUUCGCUUUUGAAAAAUUUUGGUAUCACGAGCUGAAAGAGCAUAUUAAAAUUAGCUAACCUGUAAAUUUUUCAGAGACUACAACGACCGCCGGAAAUUGGAAGGAUUUGUAUGAGAAAAACAACUCUUUCCACCCAGUCACGCUUGGGUGGUUUUCCACACGACUCCUUGUAAAUUCUGAAACGAAAUAUUUCACGACAGUUUGAAAAUCUCAAUAUUUACAAGGAUUUGUAUGGGUGCGUGAUUGGGUGGCAAAAGUUGUUUUUCUCAUACAAAUCCUUCUAAUUUUCGGCGGCCGUUGCAAUCGCUACUUUUGAGACAUACGGCUGAAAAUUUACAGGUUACCUAAGUUUAAUAUACUCUUCCAGCUCGUGCUAACAAAAUUUUUCAAAAGCGAACUGUUUUCGUGUUUACCGAAAGUUGAUCACAUGAUCAACUAAUGCAAAAGGCCUACUGUUCAGCUACUGGCUACGACAAGAAGCAUUUACCAUAAAUGGUCGGUCUUGUUUACUACGCCUUGUGAUUGGCUGAUGUAUUUUCGCGCCAUUUUGUCAACAAACCAGGUGUAAAACGAGUAAAACUUGACUGCUGCACGCACUUUCCCGCGCUCAAGUUUGUUUUGUUUGUUUGAUUCGCCACAUACACAGAUAUUUGACGAAUAAUAAAAAAAAUUCAAUUAAGCCAAAGCAAAAACAGUAACUAGAGAGGCAGGAGUGCCGUAAAUGUUGUGGCCAAUUAUCGCGGACCUGUGGAAAUUCAUGAGAGAGAUUUCAACCUCUGGAGAUCUAAAAUCUGGAGAUUUUCUCUUUCGCAGUAACUCUCCCACCCACCCACAUUUAUACCAAUCGACCCAGUCCCCAAAUUUUUUUUAUGGGCAUAGAUCAGGCCGUUAAACGAGUCUUGAUUGAGGUACACAGGGUUCUGAUUGAAUUAAGCAAAUUUUCAACCAAUCAGAUGCAAUAUCCAGAUCUGGGUAGUGACACGUCAUCAGUAUGGCUUUCUGCGGUCGUUUCUCUGACGUAAUUUCGCGGGAAAACCAAUGAUGGCGUCGCGAAUUCGCUUCUGCUUUCUUAGGCUACAGUGAGUCACUUCAUGACAAGUUCGACGUUUGUCCCAGAUUAAGUUCGUCUGACUGAGUUUGAAUCGACAUGUGCGUUCUAUCCUUCCGUUUCAAACGGAUAGAUGGUGUUAAGAUGCUGCUAUUUAUUUCGGUAGAAAUAUAUGGAGCAGUUCACGUCGGGAAAACGAGAACUGCCCUUUACAAACGGAUUUCUGCAACGGGGGGAGGGGGUGAAUUCCACCUUUCGACGGUAUACGUUUUCGUGCCAUAUUUUUUUUCUUUCCAACUGAGUGUUUAAGGUUUGGUCCAGCAGUCGAACUAAGCUAAAUUAAGGUCGACUCAAAUGACAUUUUGGUUCGUCUCGUGAAAAACUGGACGUUUUGGCCGUGGCCUAAGUAAAGAAUAUUGUAGUUCCAGUGAGACCUUAAACUGCUGUAAAAUAAAAAAUUAAAAGUUAAAAAUUAAAACUAAGACUGAAAGGAACUUGACUUUUUGUUUUUAAUUAUAUGGUUAAAAGUUACGCCUGGUACUCCAGUCUGAAUGUCCCCAUUUUCUUUGUCGAGUACCCAGCAAGUCGAAACUACUUGAUUCAGGUUUCCGCGGCUCUUGCGCCGUUCAAUUUUUGACUCCUUUUCUUUUCUUUAUGCUUUUCAGAAUGUCAAAUUAUACUUUAGGCUUAACAGUGGCUGGUGUAAGGUAGGUGAAGAUCUUAUACCAUGUUCCUAAUAGUUAACAAAUAAAAAAAUGAAAAAAUGAACUGCUUGGUAUGUAAUAUGUUAUUUAUCGUUGUUUACCAAUUACAUGGGCAAACCGGCGGUUCACCGUUUGGGCAAAUGGUUAGCGAUAUUAAAUUUCGUCACGGAAUCGCGUUUACCAUCGGUACAAAUGAGUUCCAUUUACCGAAAAACGGCCUCGAAGGCCUGACACGAGAUGCGAUUUCACAAAUGGAACACGAAUUUCCGUUUGGAACAUUCCGUCCGGAAACAAUACCUUUGUAGUUGUUCUGUCUCCUGGAAAUUUUCCGCUGGAACGAUCCAAAAAGUCUUGAUCCAUUGGCUUUCCAACCGGAUUUUCCGUAAACUUUUAGUAAAUGCUAAAUAACUUAAGGCUCUCUCAGUAAGCCAAAGCGACUAUAAAUUUUGUCAUAUCCUUCCCAUGGCUAUAUUUGUCCAUGGUAAACUCUUUUGAAAUUCACCUUGUCGGAACAUACGGUGGCCCAUAGGUGCCGUCCCAAUAUUCUUGCAACCCAUACAAAUUUUAUUCCGUUAAAUUGUUUACCCCGUGAUAAUUAGGGACAUGUAACGGACCCUUUGCAGAGAAGCACUCAGGGUCUUUAAAUAACUGAGAAGAAAGUGCUGCCUUUGCAACGACAUCUGCGAAUGGUUAGACUUUCUAGUCUUCACCGAUAAGGACGAAAAACCGUAGGUCCCGUCUCACAGCUCUUUCACUGAUCAGUUCAUGUCGGACGUAAAAGAACUCACACCGCUGUUCGAAAAGAGUAGGGGACGUAGUCCACGGUGGUCUGGCCAACCGGCUUUACGGUUUGUGGGAUUGGGUAGGGAUGGAACCUCGCAUGGGACCUAUGAGUCCCGUUUCGUGCCCAUUCCCUCUGGGCAGGCCUGUGUCCAGAAAAAGCUGGUAAAGCAGUCAGAUGCGACAAAAACAGCUAGCUGGAUGACAAACGACGCACUAAGGCGAGAAACCAAAGAGAUUACAUCGUUCAAAAAACCAAAAAACUGAUAUCCUUUCCUUCAAGGCCCCACUGCAUUGUUUGCCGUACAGCAAGGUGUUCUUGUACCAUGUGACCGACGGACAUUUGACAACCAGGGCCCGGUUCCUGAAAGGCCGAUUAACGUUAAUCCAGGAUUAACAUUUUGUUCCGUUUUUGUAUUUUACAUUCCUAUGCGUUGCUUAGGGUAAAAUUUUGUGUUACCAUUACUGUGUCUAGUAGUAAAGGCUCAAGAGUAUUUUGUAACCUCGAGUUGAAUGUUCUUAGAUGACAAAACCGUGCGUGAAAUUUGGCUUAAUUUUGGGUUUAAAGUUAACCAUCUUUCGAGGGACCGGACCCAGAAAAUAACAAAAAGAACCCUUUGAAACCGGGUGAAUAAUCACGUGUGCAUGCUCUUUUUCGAACAGGCGCUGUUUAUGUUCUGCGGUCUCAUUACGUGCUGUUACUUCUGCUGCUGUUGUUUCUUUUGUUGUAAUUUCUGCUGUGGUAAGUGUAAGCCAGUUCCCGAUGAACAGUGGGAAGAAUUCGAAUUUGAUGACGUCAAAGACGACGAUGAACCAAUAACGACGCAACCAGGAAGCAACGGAAAUCACACGAGUUCCGAGCAGCCGAAGUCGCCUGGCGUUGAUAGCGCGACUAGCAACAGCACGGCUAAUUCCGCUAUCCCCAUGCCCUCGUCGUGA